GUCCAAGCUCAAGACCGUACAAACUUUGGAGCUCUAGAUAUAAAGAUCUCGAGUAUAAGCAUUAUGAAUAUCGUCUCUUGGAAAGAUGCAAACGACGAAGUUUCAGGCGGCGCUACGACAAGACGUGAAGGAGAAGUAGAAGAAGAUCAACAAGAAGCCCAAGUCAGAGCCAUCAGUGGCAAAACCGUAAUUAAAAAGCCACCAACCUCGAUCUCUUCUUCUUCUUCUUCGUGGAUGAAAUCGAAGGAUCCGAGGAUUGUUAGGGUUUCACGCGCCUUUGGAGGCAAAGACCGUCACAGCAAAGUGUGUACGUUACGUGGGUUACGUGACAGACGCGUGAGAUUAUCAGUCCCAACGGCUAUUCAGCUCUACGAUCUUCAAGAACGGCUCGGUGUUGACCAGCCUAGCAAAGCCGUUGACUGGUUGCUUGAUGCAGCUAAAGAGGAGAUCGACGAGCUCCCUCCGUUACCUAUCUCGCCGGAAAAUUUCAGCAUCUUCAACCAUCAUCACUCCUUCUUGAAUCUUGGUCAAAGGCCGGGUCAAGAUCCGACCCAACUCGGGUUUAAAAUCAAUGGAUGUGUAGAAGAGUCUACUACUACUAGCCGUGAAGCAAACAAUAAAGAGAAAGGAGAAAACGAUGUCGUUUUCACAAACAAUCAUCAUGUUGGGUCUUAUGGAACUUAUCUCAACAUGGAACAUCAUCAUCAUCAUCACCAACAUUUGAGUUUACAGGCGGAUUAUCAUAAUCAUCAACAUCAACUACAUAGUCUUGUCCCAUUUCCAUCGCAAAUUUUGGUAUGUCCAAUGACGACAUCAACAACAGCAACAACUAUACAAUCUUUGUUUCCAUCAUCGUCGUCAGCUGGUUCAGGAACUAUGGAGACAUUAGAUCCGAGGCAAAUGGUAAGCCAUUUUCAAAUGCCAUUAAUGGGUAAUUCUUCAUCUUCGUCAUCCCAAAACAUUUCGACAUUAUAUUCAUUGUUACAUGGUAGUAAUAGCAACAAUGGUGGUAGAGACAUUAAUAAUCGGAUGUCGAGGCAUCUAGGCUUGGAGAGUAGUACAAGUAGAGGAAGUGAUCACCAUAUGUGAAAUUAGAUUAUUGAAACAAUAUAGUUGAUGUUUGAUG